GGGGAAUAAGAAUUUAUAAUAAUAAUUAGCAAAAGGAUUAGCUCGUAAUUUUUAGCGGUAUAUCUUUUUACCCGGCAGCACACCCUAAAGUUUAAAAAAAGUACAAAAACUCCCUGUUUCGCCUCUUCAUAAUUCAUUCAAUUAAUUUAAUGAAUUUAAUCAUGGAACCAGAAAUAGAUCGAAAAAGAGAACAUAUUUUCUUAGAUUCUAGUGAUCCAUCAAUGCCAAAUCAAGUAUUCUUGGAUGAUCCCAUUUCUCCAUCAAUUGUAAAACUUCCAUUUCCACCACAUAUUGAUCCAUACAAAUUAAUAACUGAUAGAAAACAAGAUGGUGGAAUGAGUCGAAUACCUGCAAGAACUCCUAAUGCAUUUAUCCUUUAUCGUAAAAUAUUUAUUGAAAGUGCUCGUAAAGAAGGUUAUCAUUUACCAAUGACUGUUAUCUCUUCUAUGGCUUCAAAAUCUUGGAAACAUGAACCUGAUAAUGUUAAAGAAGAAUAUAAAAAAAUUUCUAAACAAGCUUUUGAAAUAAGAAAACAAUUGAUUCCUAAAACUAGUAGAAAAAAGAAAAGAGAGAAAUGGAAUUUUGUUUCUUUCUCAAAUAAGUCAAAUUUAAACGACAGUUCAAAUAAAAUAGAAAUGAAAACUUUUGUGGAUAAUCAAAGUAAAGAUAUUCAACAACAAAAAGAUUUAAGUGAAAAUAUGGAUUCUUUUAAGCCUAAUUUGGAAACAGCAAAUCCACUCCCAUAUGCUGAUUCAUUGCCAAAUAAUGUUAAUGAAGAAAACGGUUCAUAUACAAAGGAGCAAUUGAAUUAUCAAAUUGAUAACCAAAAACCGAUAAAUUCGAUAAAUUACACAAACUGGGCCCAUAAUUCAUAUAAUAAUAACAAGGACAUUGGAUUCGAAUCAUUAUCUCAUGGUAAUAAUGUUACCAACGUAUAUGAUAUAAAUCAGUACCAGUUAUAUAAUGAUGAUGGUACAAAUUCUCAUUCUGCGGACAAUUCAUUACAUUAUAAUUUUCAACCUUAUUAUAAUAAUAUGUAUAAUAUGUAAAAAAAAAAGGAAAAAAAAAUUUUAAACG